UAUGCUUAACCAAUCAAAAUUUUCUCCAGUAUCUCUAUUAUGAUUAUAUAUUAGGUCAAUUAAUCAAGAUAUCAAAAAUCAAAUGAUAAUAUUGGUUUUAGUACAUUUUAAGUCACUACAUAAAUGAAUAAACGUCAAUUAGCAGAAUUCAGAAAGGAGGUUAGAAAUGAUAUUUUACAUCGUGAACCAUUCAUUGAACCUCAAGAAAAACCUAAUCUUUAUUUAGGAAGUUGGGGAAAACCUGAUAGACCAACACUGUAAUAAAUCUUAAUAUUUAGUGAACCAUUAAGUCAAAGAAGAACACCAAAUAACAAAAUUCCUGGUGGAUUAAAUUUUGAUGAAAUAUUGUAACAUAUAUUUAUAUUAAUUAGUAGUCCAAAACGAUUUGAACCUUAAUCAAAAGCAGUUGCUUUAAGUAAAUUAUACUAAGCUGAAAAAGCCCCUUAGAAAUAGUAUAAAAUUGAUUCAUUAUUUGAUAACUCCUUUUUUAAACCAUCAAGAGUGAAUAAUUUAGGAUCUGGAUAUAAAGAAUCUCCAUUAAAAUCAUAAUAAAAAUUAGAGAGAUUUAAGAGUUGGGAUACUAAAUUAGAUGUUCAAUUGAAACUUUAAAAUAAAGCAAUUACCAAUAAAGUUCUUGGAGAAUAACCAGGAUUUUAUAAAUAUAUUAAUGAAGCAAAAUAAGGACUAUUUGAUUAACAUUAUACUCCUACACUUACAGUGAAAAACAAAAGCAAUUUUAGGGAUCUUAAAUAAUUCUCAGAUAUUUACAAUAUCACUCCAAGAUAAAAUUAAUCACGUCAUUUAUCUCCUUAGUUUACAAAUAUUGAAAAGAUUCCAUUAACAGAUAUUGUUAAAAUGACUUCACAUUUUUCUUCAUUAUCCUCAUAAGAGAUAAAGAAGGUUUCUUCUGGAUAUUUUUAAGAACUUAUUAAUUUAUAACAGUCCUUAUAAAGAAUGAUUAGGAUGGGAACGAACAAUUAUUGA